ACCCUGAGCACCCUCCUGCUCAGCCGCCAGCACUGGGGUGGAGGAGGCAGCCAGCGGUCCCAAUGGCGGCCCAGCAUCCCGCACUGGGACUGCUGCUUGCAGUGGGGAUGUGGGCCCUCUCCAGCUGUGGAGAAGCCGCCCCGAGCCCCGAAGAGCCAGCCUUGCAGCUCACCGACACUGGCUGCCGAUGCUCGGGGGUGCUGGAGGUGAAGCGGCAUGACCAGUGGAGCAGAGUGUCCCAGGACAGGGUGGACGCAGCUGCUGCCGCUGUCACUGUCUGCAAGCAGCUGGGCUGCGGCCCCCCCACCGCCGAAACCCUCCAGCUCGUCUUCUCCCGUGGGAAGGCAGUGUGCGUGAAGCUGCUGGCGUGCAGGGCGAUGGUGGCUCCGCUGGCGGGGUGCGUUUGGAGACUAACCAACUGCACGGACUACAUCACUCUGGCCUGCAGCGAGCCGGCCGAAACUACCACCAAGCCUCCGCCGGUGCCUGAGACCACCACACUGGAGCCUGCUGGUGCUCCCAGGCUGAGGCUGGUGGAUGGGAACUUCAGCUGCUCGGGGUUCGUGGAACUGUACAGGCAGGGGCUGUGGGGCGCAGUAGGGGCCGAUGUGAACGCCUGGCCUGACCUGGCUCCCCGAAUCUGCGAGGCGGUGAACUGCGGUGACCUCAUCAGUGACCACAGCAUGGCGCCAGAGGCAGGGAGCCACUUACCGGUGAGGUGGGAGAUGGAGAGGUCCUGCAAGAGACACUCGGUCCUGGACUGCUUCAAUCAAACGAGCGACCAUCGGGGGAAAGUGCCCGCCUUCAUCAUCUGCUCUGGAUCCCAGCCCCGGGCCAUGCGGAGACUGGCAGGGGGCCUAACCCCCUGCGAGGGGCACAUCGAAGUGUUUCACGGGGACCGGUGGCAGGUGCUGUGCGACAAGCCUGGGCAGCGGGCCGAGCGGGGCAGGCAGAUGUGCCAGGAGCUGCAGUGUGGGAAGCUCUCCUCCAGCACCGCGCUCCAAGACCCGCCGAUGAUGGGCGUCACCUGUGCCGCCCGCAACCUCCACCUCUGCCCUGCCAGUCACGGAGGGCUCCAGACCUGCUCCCGCACCAGCGUCGUGUGCCAGGACUCCAAGCCACAUCCUGCUGGCCUGGGAGCCGGCACCAUCGUGAGCAUCUUCCUGGCCCUGAUUCUCUUCGGCAUCUUCCUGCUCAUCUGUGGACCCCCUGCGUACAAGAGACUGAUGAAGAAAAUCUCAAAGAAGAAGCAGCGUCAGUGGAUUGGCCCCACAGGAUUCAACCAAAAUGUUUCAUUCCACCGCAACAGCACCGUCAACCUGAGGCCGCGGGCCGAGGGGCCGAGAGCACAGGGGGAGGACAACGACUACGCGCAGCCUCCCAAGAACCCCUACCUGUCAGCUUAUCCAGCUCUGGAAGGUGCAUCCCGAUCUUCCAACCCUCCAGACAAUUCCUCCGAUAGUGACUACGACUUGCACUCUGCCCGGAGAGUGUGACUCCCCUGCAAGAGACAAAGGUGGAAUUCAACAUAUGGGGGGAAAAAAAAAAAGAACAAAAGUGACAAAAGAGAAGACAAAUACCUGAGAAUUCUGCACUGAUCACCUUGGAAGAAAGCCUUUCUGUGUGUAGAUGUAACGGCUCUCGUCCCACUUGCAGGGGAGGAAACUGGGGAAUACCUCUGCCAGCUGGAGACCUUCCCAGCCUGAUUUCCAGCCGUGGGGUUUUCUCAGAGCCCCUGCUAAACUCAGAGCCAAACCUGCCAGUGCUCCUUGCAGCUGAAUGUCAAACCUGAGCGCUUCAUUCUGGGCUGCCCAAACUCAAGGCAUUGAAGAUCAGUAUCCGCUUGUGACAAGCACUGAUCGCAAAUCUCUCAGCUCUGACCUAGUCUAGCUUGGCUUUGGCGCUCUGCUAUCAUCCUGGUAUCUGAGCACCUUUCCGAGAAAGCUUCAUCUCACUUACCCUCUUGUUUCUAGGCCUCCCACCUGAGAGAGUACAAGGUGGGAUUUUUUUAAGCUAUUCAUAUGAGUCUUAAAGGCACAUGGGUAGCAGCAGGCCCUGCAUCUGCACAGAGAACAGAGCCACAACGUUCACAGCAGUCUGCAAGCGGGCUGCCUGCUUCUCCGUCUCUCUAAACUAGGAUAACCGCAACUCCUCUCCCCAGCAGGGCCAGACUGAAAGCAAAAUCUGCUGCUGUCUACAAAGCUCUCAGAUACCAUGGGGAUGAACUUCAUGAAAAAGACAGACAUAUCCUUGUCUUUCGAGUUACUUAGCAAGCUGUGAAGAUGCAAGCUUGGCUGCGUUUGCCACUCGCUAGAAGUCUAGAUGUUUGAAGAGGAGUGGUUAGCUUGGGAUACUGCCUGUGCACACGUGUGAGUGGGGCUUGAGCGAACACAUAAGGGAGAGCGUGAGGUUUGUGCAGACAUAAAACAAAGCACAGACACGCGAAGAGCAUGGGAAGGAUAAAAAUACUGAGAAUAAACCUGAGAUAUUUAAUAAGCAGUAACUGUUGUAAUAAAUUUGGUUUUCUAGUAAUUAUGCCUUGUUCUCUUCCUUCCAACACUACAAAUGCCAUUCCUUAGAGCACCAACUUCCCAAGUAGCAAGGGAAAAUGGAGAACAGAAAUGACAGCACAGGGUAUGCAUGAGAAACAGUGCUAGAGGAGGGAAGAGAUCGGCUGAUGGAGAAAAGCACUGACCAAACAGGCCUCUUCAGAAAGAUGAAAACAAGAGAGCAAGAAAGAUGGUUCAGAAAGAAGAUGUCCCUGCAAGAGGGUGAAAGAUUUUACUGACAACAUCAAGAGGAAGUUGGUGUAAGGACACCAAAAGGGCAUAAAAAAAAAUCGAUAGAAAAUAUCAACUGGAUGCCACGUCAUUUCCCAAAACAAUCAUUGCCAUGACCCUGCAUGCAAUUCAUCAAGUUUUAUUAUUGUAAUUAACCACAGAUACGGAAUUGUUUCCACCAAGUCCCAAAGGCAUUCAUCUUGAUCUAGUCCAUUAGUAAUCUUUC